AUGGCAGACAUAAAUAUACUGACACUUCUCUCGAUUUUCAGAUUUUUGUUGUUGCCCUCAUGCGCUCUCACUCUCUUACUCUCUCUCUCUUUCCUUUUACUUUUUCUCUUUCUUGUUCUCCCACUUUUUCUCUCUUCCUCUCUGUCUAUCCUUUUCCCAUCGUUUAUAGUUUUUCUGUCUUCUUUUUCAUUUUUCUUGCUUUUUUCUUUUUCCUUUCUCUCUCUUUUCUUCAUUCCCUAUUUUUACAUUUUUUGUCUUUUUACAUUUUUUGUCUUUUUACAUUUUUUGUCUUUUUACAUUUUUUGUCUUUUUACAUUUUUCUUUUUCCCUUUAUUUUUUAAUUUUUCUAUUACACUCUCUUUUUUCUUUAUUUUUCUUUUUUUCUUCUCGCCUUUCUCUUUUUCUCUUUUCGAUUUUGUUUUUCUCUUCUUGAUUUUGUUUUUUUCAUUUCUGUCUUUUUCGUUUCUUUUCUCAUUUUCUCUUCUCGAUUUUGCUUAUUUUUCUCUUCUCGAUUUUGCUCAUUUUUCUCUUCUCGAUUUUGCUCAUUUUUCUCUUCUCGAUUUUGCUCAUUUUUCUCUUCUCGAUUUUGCUUAUUUUUUUCUUCUCUCUUUUUCGUUUCUUUUCUCUUUUCGUUCUUUCUCUUUUUCUUCUUUCUUUUUCACUCUUUUUAUUCUCUCUUCUCGUUUUUUUUUCCGUGCGUUCCUCCAUUUCAACCUCUGUUCGUUUCAUGUAAUCAUUAUCCCCCCCCAUUCUCUCUUUCCCUAUCCACCACUAUCCCCAUUCCUCCCCCGUCUCCUUUAG